UGAUGAGUCGGUUUGGAGGUUAAGUGGUACCGUGAAGCAGACGACGUUACAUGAUGAUUCACGCGUUUAUAUAAUGUACACUUGUGUGUACUACACGUGUUUUUACCGGUUAGCGCCGGUUUCACUUUCGUAUCUUUUCCUUAAUAAUUAUGAUUUAUAACAUUUAACAAUAAUAAUGAUUUUAACAUUUCACAAGACCGUGAGACGCUCAAAGCGCUUUAUAUCUCCGUUGACAUCAGCUCGAUGACGUUACCAAGUUACCUCAUAGUUCUUCAAAUCUUCACGUCUUCAGUAGAAUCGCUAGAUAAAUCCAAGACAGAGUGUUUCAUCGUGCAAAGAUGUUACACGAAUCGGAGGAAUCAGCGAUCCUCUCAAAGAGUGAUAUCUUACUUACUUCGUUUAUUUCAGGUGCUCUUGCAGGAAUUGUUUGUGACGUGACACUUUUUCCACUGGACACCCUCAAGACACGAUUACAAAGCCAACAUGGAUUUUUCCAAUCUGGAGGCUUUAAGCAGUUAUACAAAGGGAUUGGACCUGUAGUCCUAGGUUCUGCACCAUCAGCUGCUAUAUUUUUUAUUACUUAUGAAGGAAUAAAGCAGCACUCACAACCAUAUAUACCAAAUCAAUAUCAUUCCAUUAUACACAUGAUUGCAGCAUCAUCUUCUGAAGUUACAGCCUGUUUGGUACGAGUGCCAGUGGAAGUAGUUAAACAGAGAAAACAAGCACUGUUGUUAGACACACAUCGACUAGCAUUAAGAACAUUAUAUCGUGGUUACGGGAGCACUGUUCUUCGUGAUAUGCCAUUCGGCUUGAUUCAAAUGCCACUGUGGGAAUACUUCAAGCUUUGUUGGACCCGACAGAUGCACCGGGAAUGCACACCUUUGGAAGGCGCUACUUGCGGCGCCGCGUCAGUUGCCAUAUCGGCUGCCAUAACAACACCGUUGGAUGUCGCAAAAACUAGAAUUAUGCUAUCGAGCACGUCGGCGGAGAAAGAAGAAGUUAAAAUAUCAACGAUGUUAAAAGAGGUUUACAAAGACCAUGGCGUUAAAGGGCUAUUUGCUGGCUUUACCCCAAGGGUAACCGGCUUUACUAUUGGUGGAUUUAUAUUCUUUGGUAUUUAUGAGAAAGCCAGGGAAUUUUGUAUAUCCCACUUUACUCGAUAGCUCAUGACGCUCUGAUAAAUAACUGAAUUAGAACAAAAUUAAAUUUUAUUAAAUUACCAAAUUUUAUGAAUGUGUACACGUGAGAAUACACAGGCGCAUUCUUAUAAUUGCCAUAUCGCGCAAAAAUAUGUUCUGCUGGGAUUUGAAUCAAAAGGUAAUUUAAUGUAAAGUCGAAACUUUACUAAAUAUUUCUGUCUAUUAAUUUUCAGUUUCUUCAGAAAUUAUAAAAGUAUUAUACACACAGUAUUAUAGAACAGGUUUCUAUUUAUGUUCCUAUUUAAUGAUAAUAAGUACAAACAUCUGCUUUAAGGUACAAGAAAAUUUCAAGGAAAGUUUGAAAAGAAAAAGACGUCACACGUUUUUGCUAUUUAAAGAUAUUACAGUUAAAUAAAAGCACGAUACGCAUGCACACGCGCAUUUCUCAAUUGCAUACUCAGUCUACUUUAAUUAUACAAAAUCUUAAUACAUCUUUUUGGAGGUACUAAUUGUUAUUAACACUAUUUACAAUUUUACGUAUUCAUACAUGUUAUGCAGUUUUAAUAAGAUUAUGGAUACUAAAGUUUGUAACUAUCAAAAUAACUAUAAAAGGUACUGAAAAAAAUACCCUAGUCCUUGACAAUACAUAAGAACGUAUUCUGGUUGUCAUAAUUAUCACAGCAAAAAUCUGAAGGAGAAUAAACGAUGAGGAUAAAUAUCA